GUAGCUUGAAUAUACACCUGUCACAUUUUAGAAUAUUUUAGGUUAUAAUCAUGAAUAAACUACACUUAUUUGUUAGAAACACUUCACUAACGCGAACAUUUUUGAGCCCCUCAACAUGUGUAAAACAAUCAAUAGCGAACAAAUCGUCAGAUGAUGAUAAAGAUGAGAAAGACUCCAAUAAGAAAGGAGCUGUACAUAAGUUGAAUGAUUUAUUAAAGAAAAUAGUUGAGGAUGACAUACCAGCUCAAUCUAAACUAAAAUUGGCUAAACCUGGCAAUAAAAGACAGAAACAGGCCAAAAGGAAAGAUGAAAGUGUCAAGAAGGAACCUGUUGAAAAACAGGUUGUCCAAGCUGUUAAAGAUGUAGCCCAAACAAUUGGAGGAAAUGCCAAAAUAAAUGAAACAGAGUUACUAUCUAAAUUGUUGAGUCCUGUUUCUGAUAAAUCUGUUACCAUGAACUUAAGUGACAUUGUAAAAGACAUGAAAAUAGACAGAGAAACAAAAACUGAAACUCACCAAUCAAGAGCUGAACAAGUGAAGAGGAUAUUGCAAAGGUUCAAAGCCUCAGACAGCAAUAUACCAAGAGAAAACAAAAGGCCACCUAGAAGACCCACCACAAAACAACAACCUGAGGAAUACACUGAAAAGAUUGACUUGUUUGGAAGCGAACCUCUGGGAAUUUUCACCAAUAAAUCAAACUUCAAGGAUGGAGUUGAAAACAAGACUUGGAAUAACUUGUAUCAGAGGGAGCUGAGGUUGGCUGUUACACAUCCACCCGCUAAUUACUUCCAGCAGAUGAUUCUGUGGACAGAACAAGGGAAAAUUUGGAAGUUCCCAAUAGAUAAUCAAUAUGGAAUGGAUGAGGAGGAAAAGGUGUACUUUGCUGAACAUGUAUUUUUGGAGAAGCAUUUGGAGCCAUGGUGUCCCAGAAAAGGUCCAAUAAGGCAUUUUAUGGAAUUGGUUUGUGUUGGUUUGUCUAAAAAUCCUUACAUUAGUGUUGAAGCAAAAAAGGAACAUAUAGAAUGGUUCAAAAAUUACUUUGAGGAAAAGAAGAAAUUGUUGCAAGAAGUAGGAGCCAUACCAACUACAUCUGCACCUAAGCAAAAGAGUCUUGAAUAGAUUUUUGUAAAUAUUAAAUAAUAAAAAACAUAU